ACCGACUGCAACGUUUCCAGCGCGAGUUUGUUCGCAAUUUCUCCGCCAGUCGUCGACAGCGUCGCGCCAGGCGUCGCCGAUUCUCCUGCCAUUCUUCCCUUCGAUUCAUUUCGUGCCUCUUCCGGUGUCCUAGCCAUCAUGAGUCGCGUCAGAACGAAGACGGUCAAAAAGGCCGCGAAGCUCAUUAUCGAGAAGUACUACCCGCGUCUCACCUUGGACUUCCACACGAACAAGAGGAUAUGCGAGGAAAUAGCUAUCAUCCCGAGCAAAUCCCUGCGCAACAAGAUCGCUGGAUUUGUCACUCACCUGAUGAAGAGGCUCAGGCACAGUCAGGUACGUGGUAUCUCCAUCAAGCUGCAGGAGGAAGAGCGGGAACGCCGUGACAACUACGUUCCCGAGGUUUCCGCUCUGGAGCACGACAUCAUCGAGGUCGAUCCGGAGACCAAGGAGAUGCUCAAGAUGCUCGAGUUCAACAACAUCACCGGGCUCCAGCUCACGCAGCCCGUUCCGCAGUUUAACAGGCGUAAUUAAAAUAUCGCUCCCUUCACGUUACCAGGAAAAUGGUUGGUCUUGCACUUUUCGAAUAAAACUGCAAACUAACACCCAC